AAGGUCCCGGGCCAAGUCGCCGCGGCCAAAGAGCAGUGUCCAGAGUGGGGUCGGGGUGUAGUGAGGACAGAAGGAGGAGCUUCGGGGACCAGAUUUUGGCCCUCCCAGGUCUGAACAGGGCUGUCACCACCUGCAGCGCGGCUCGGAGCCGGCACGUCACUCCCAGCGGAAGCGCCGCGCCGCCCGGGCGUCUGGCGAGGUGUGCGCGUCCCGGCCCCCACUUCUCCGCUCCGCUGCUCGGCGCCCUCCACCCGCCUCUCUCCCCCUAGCAGGGGCGGAGAUAGGGUGGCACCUAUCGGGAUCUGCAACUCGAGCCGCAGAGGAGCAGCCAAAGACCACAGCCCAGCCUAGACGGCACCCUACGGCUACCGCCGCUCAGGGUUCGAGCAGACCCCGGGAGGCAGGAGAUAACGCCAACUAGACAGCCCGUCCCAGCACCUCGCGCUCUCUUGCUCUCGCUCUCGGGAAGAACAGAGGAAAGGAAAGAGCUCGUUUCCUGGAGCCGGUGGAGACCGUGGAGACGCUGCCAGGAUCCUCAACAGCUUGAGAAUCUUGUCACCCUUGGUUCCCUGAAAGUUAGGAACUGACAGCUGGCUGGCAGCAAACUCAUCCAGGGAGAGAAAAGACAGAGCAAAGUAUGAAAUUUUGAAUGUUUUCAGGACCUGCCACGGGACCACUGCCCCUCUGGCAUGCCAGCGGCAACACACUGCCAACUCUCCUUCUCUUCCAGAACCUUCGAUGCCAACCUUGGUGAGAGAAAAGCUGUGACAGAAACUAAGCAGGAUUAAUGUUGUGGAGAAAGACCUUUACAUGAGGACAGGCAGAACUUUGAAAGUCUUUCCAAGAAAAUUCUUAAAAGACAUUUUCCUUUUUAGUUUUUUUGUUUUUGUUUUUGGAAAGCAAGACUGCCCCAAUGUUAGAAACCAUAUUAAGAUGUAAUAUAGACAUCUGGUAUCAAGUAACUUGUUGUCUUUUGAAUUUCUGUUUCUCAAAUGCUACUUUUGUCAAAGGUGUUUUUUUAAAUGAUUGAGAUUGUAUCUGAUCUUGAAUUCCACUUGCUAAGUACUUUCUAUAUUUGAUAUUAUGCUCCAGCUCAUUGUUUUAAAUUUCUUUGCAUAUUAAACCCAUUUGCAGACGAAAGAUGCUAAAAGAAGGUUUAUUUUGUGAUCAGUCUCACACGAGCUCUUUGAAGAUGGUUUGCAUUCAGAAUUGACCUCUGAAUUGAAACCCAGGCUGUCAACCAAUCCUAACAUUUCCCUGGAUAAGCUCCUCUUACAUUCCUGGGCUGCAGGUAUUGCUUUCUGACUUUUGACGAUGGAUGAAGGUAUAGAGAUUUCAAGGGAUGGAAAUUCCCUGAUCAAAGCCGUGCAUCUCAGCCGGCUUCGCCUCACGAGGCUCUUGUUAGAAGGUGGCGCCUACAUUAACGAGAGCAACGACCGUGGGGAGACACCCUUAAUGGUCGCUUGUAAGACCAAACACGUUGAUCACCAGAGUGUCAGUAAAGCCAAAAUGGUUAAAUACCUGUUGGAAAACAAUGCUGAUCCCAACAUACAGGACAAAUCUGGGAAAACUGCUCUGAUGCACGCUUGCUUAGAAAAAGCCGGUCCGGAAGUUGUUUCUUUGCUUCUAAAGAGCGGGGCUGACCUCACCUUGCAAGACCAUUCCAGUUACUCGGCCCUUGUCUAUGCCAUAAAUUCAGAAGAUAGAGAGACCCUGAAAGUUCUACUUAGUUUUUGCAAGGCAAAAGGGAAAGAGGUCAUCAUCAUAACAACUGCGAAGUCGCCCUCUGGGAGGCACACUACCAAACAGUACUUAAAUAUGCCUCCUGCAGACAUAGAAGGAGGUCAUUCCCCAGCCACCUGUGCAUCUCCUUCAGCGAUAGACAUAAAAACAGCCUCCUCGCCACUCCCACCUUCUGAAACGGACAUGACUCUUUUUGGCUUUAAAGAUCUGGAGGCGGUGGGAAGCAGUGAUGAUCCACGAGAACCAGGCUCCCCUGUAAGGAAGGCUGCUCUAACCCCUAGUGGACCGAAGACACCCCAAGCCCCACCGUGGAUCAAGAGUAACCCCUCACUGAUGUCCCAGAACAGAGUGGCCUCCCUGCAAGAGGAGCUGCAGGAUAUUACUCCAGAGGAAGAAUUAUCCUACAAAACCAAUGGACUGGCCCUUUCCAAGAGAUUUAUCACGAGGCACCAAAGCAUCGAUGUAAAAGAUACCGCACAUUUGCUAAGAUCCUUUGACCAGGCCAGCUCAAGAAAGAUGUCAUACGAUGAAAUCAAUUACCAGUCCUUUUUUUCAGAAGGAAAUCAACAUUGCACUGAAAUCCCUGUUGACCAGGACCCAGAUUCUAACCAGAUGGUAUUUGCUUCCACCUUAAGAAGCAUCGUUCAGAAAAGAAACUCGGGGGCAAAUCACUACAGCUCUGAUUCCCAGCUCUCUACUGGUCUUACUCCUACAACUUUAGAAGAUGGCAAAGCACUUGUAGGAAAGAAAAAGAUCCUCUCUUUGUUGUCAGGGUCCAAAGAAUUGUUGGAGAAUAUCCCCCCAGGUCCCCUGAGCAGGAGGAAUCACGCAGUUUUAGAAAGACGGGGUUCCGGAGCUUUCUCUUUAGAUCAUGGAGUCACUCAAACCAGACCAGGAUUUCUACCACCUUUAAAUAUGAAUCCCUACCCUCCCAUCUCCGAUAUCAAUGCCAGCAGCAAGAUUUCCAGUCUUCUUUCUUGUGGUCAAAAGACGCUCAUGCCAACAAUUCCUAUUUUCCCUAAAGAAUUCAGAAGUAAAAAAAUGUUGCUAAGAAGACAGUCAUUACAAACAGAACAAAUUAGGCAGUUAGUAAAUUUCUAAGAGAUGGCUAGGAAACAUAUUUUCUUAAAAAGUCUGUUGGAGAAACACAGAACUAGAGAAGAAACCUUAAAAGUUCAUCCUUUUAAACCUUGUGAUUAGUUAGGCAAUAAUUGUUAGGAGGCUCAAAAUGUGCUGUGUGUUGUACUAGACACCAUGGACACACAAAUAAUAUAUAGUUUCUGCUAAAGAAAUCUCAAGCAAAAUGAGGGAUACUUUCUCAAGACUUCCAGUAUUUAGCAACCUUCAACAGAUCCAAGUUUUUGUUUAAUCAAAAUAGCAAAGAGAGUAGGCCAUGUAUGUGGCAGAUAGUUAUUCGUUGUUUUUUUUUUUAAUUUUUCAGAUUUGCCAAAUAUUUUAUUAAGAAAAAUUGUGCUCAAAUCAAUAAAUAUCUUAACACUUCAAGUCAAUAAAUAAGAUUUUAGUUUUCCAUGAUGCCAAAAGCAUAAAAGAAAACACUGACAGCUAUAAAAUGUUCUAGGACCAAGAAACCUAAGCUACAAAGAAGGACGAGACUCAUUCUGAAAAAAUAUUGACUGCAGGUGGGUGAAAAUCUAACUAAAAUAAAAAAGGUCAACCAUUAUAAAAGAAUGGACAGCUAAUAAUUUACAUCAGCUUAAUCAAUAUAAAACUGGCCAGUCUAAAGUUUUACAAGCUAGUAAAAAUCUUAUGUGCUGAGUUCCAUUGUGGUUGUGUGCUGUGUUUUUGCCUUGUUUUGUUUUUAAACAAACUAACCUAUAAUGUUAUCUUAUGGGAUUCUUCUUUCUCCCUAUCUUUUAAUCCCUAUAAUCAUUUGUGGAAACCUAUCCACUGGUUUCCAAUAACAUAAUAAUAUUUAAAUAAAUAACAAUAAAUUUAAAUAAAAUUUAAAAGGCAUUCCUCCUUGCUUAUAUCAAAGCAUUCUUAUCUGUCUAUGGGUAAUCACAAAUAAAAAUUUGCAAUUUAUCAUAUAUAGAAACUAAGUGCUUGCUUAGUUUAAAACAAGAAAAACUGAUUAUUAGAUUAAUUUAGGUUAGCUAAAAUUAAGAAAGCCAGUAGAAACUUAAUCACAAAAUGUACUACGUAUUCCAUUAACAUUAAAUAAUAUAUUUUAUUUCUGGUAAGUAAUUAUUAGACAUUUAUAAAUAAGAAUAUAUAAGAAUAAUUUCCCUUAAUGGGACAUUCCAAUCAUCUAGUAUUUUAGGACCUUUGAAUAAUUUCUAAAAAAUAAAUGAAUACCCUACUACUAUUAAAAGACAUUAUAAAAUGACUAUAUAUCUAUAUGAUUUCAAAAUACAGUAUUUAUACAAAGAAUCCAUAUUUCAAUCUAGCAGUUUAACAACAAAGAAUAAAUCAAACUAUACAAAACCUUAGUGUCAAUAUGAUGAUUGUCGUAAUCAGCUUUAUUUCUUUGCCUAUCAGUAGAGGAGGGCCUAACAAAUGGCAUCACGGCUUUCUUGGUAAUUUGAUAUAAGCAAAUUGUACUGUACCUAGGAAUUGUUUAAUUUAUUGUGGCUUUUAUUAAUAAUUGCAGGCUUUUCCAUUUAAUGUAUUGAAGACCAUUAAUUAUAUUAGAAAUAUUUUUUUUGAUUCAGAAUCUAGAAUUGUACCUGAUGUAUCAGUAGUUAAACCCUUUUUGUCAGUUUUAACAUUGAGAAAAGUUCUUGGUUAUAUUUUGAAGAAUAUGUAAAGAGUUUAGUUCAAAAA